UCUUCAUUAAUAUUUUGCAACAUUUCGCCGAACAUUUCGAUACGAUAAUUUAAUUGUUACAAACUGAGUUUAUGUUCUAAAAUUAUACGCAAAUAUUUUCAUAAUGUCUACGAAAGAAAGUCAUGAACGUGUAAAGGCUAUUAACGCUCAAACGACUGAAGAAGAAUUGAUCCAGAUUUAUUCAUCAUGGAGCGAAACGUAUGACCAGGAAGUAAAGAGUGAUUUGGGCUAUGUUGCACCAAGGCUUGCUGCAGAGAAACUCUCUGAGAAUCUUAAAAAGAAAGGACAUUCAAACAAUGUCAAUAUCAUUGAUGUUGGCUGUGGCACUGGCUUAGUUUGUGAGGAAUUGCACAAACUUGGAUACAAGAAUAUUGAUGGAGUUGACUUCAGUCCAGAGUUGUUGAAACUUGCCGAAGGUAAGGGCGUUUAUAGGAUGUUGAAGCGUGGUUUCAUGGCUUCUGAUGGGUGCAAGAAUCUUGGCAUAGAGGCAAACCAAUAUGAUGCUGCCAUUUGCAUUGGUGUCUUUACGGUUGGUCAUGUGAAAGGCAAAGGGUUUGAUGAUCUUGUUCAUGUGGUCAAACCUGGUGGUCUGGCGUGUUUCACCAUCAGAAAAUGCAUAGCUGAUGAUCCCGAAUAUGGAUAUGAUGAAAAAAUGGAUGAGCUUAUCAAGUUGAAAAAAUGGAGUCUGGUUUCAAAGUGUCAAAUUGUGUACCAUGAGGUUAACAACUACAAAUGUUGGUUGUACAUUUAUGAAAUUCUAUGAAAUAUCAUAAAAGUAAAACU